GGAGCCGCUGAAAUAUGAUGAGGAUAUUAUUUCUCUCCGGGCACGUUUCUACGCAGGGGAGAAGCGACAGAGCUGAGCUGAGACCGCGUUUCUUCACACAGGGCUCCAACGUUCCAAAAAGAAAAUAACAGCAGCAGCAGCAGCAGCUCCAAGAGACAACAGGGGAUUUCAAUGCAUUACCGUUUCAGCAUGUGGUAAUCUUCUCAGCCAUACCAGAAAGAUACAACACUUGAGCGGCUGACCCUUUCAACAAUCCUGCACCUGCACCAACUGCUCACAUGGCCCACCCUUACGAGCCCUGGUUACGGACAGCCCCACCUAGUGGCAGCUCAGAAGACAUGAACAUCCCCUCGUGGUGGGACCUCCACAGGGAUGUCCAACCAGGCAGCUGGAUAGACCUGCAGACGGGCCAGGGUGUAGGUUUGCCUUCAGUGAGUCCAGGGAGUUCCAUGGGAUUGCAGCCAUCUUUAGGGCCCUAUGGCUCUGACCCACAGCUGUGCAACCUGUCUUCAGCUCAACACGCUCCUGCCUCACACUCGCCUCACCUCUACCCCCAGGAUGGCUUCAAGAUGGAGCCAAUGGCCUCUGAAAUGCUGCAGCAAGACCCAUAUUCUCUUGAGGAUCCGCAAGAGACAUCUGUUUCUGCCCGUCCCAAGCCCCAGCGCCGCUCCUCUUCAAGAGGCGCCGGUCAGGCCCAGUGUCGUUGCCCUAACUGCGUCCAUGCCGAGCAGCUGGGCCAGAGCACUGAUGACAGCAGAAGGAAGCACAUGCACAACUGCCACAUCCCCGGCUGCGGAAAAGCCUAUGCUAAGACCUCCCAUUUGAAGGCACACCUACGAUGGCACAGCGGAGACCGGCCGUUUGUCUGCAACUGGCUCUUCUGUGGCAAGAGAUUCACACGCUCUGAUGAACUCCAGCGCCACCUGCAGACACACACGGGAGCCAAGAAGUUCAGCUGUGCAUUAUGCCCCAGAGUCUUUAUGCGCAACGACCACCUGGCCAAGCACAUGCGCACACACGAGUCCCCGCCAGGACACGGGGAGGAGAGGGUAAACGGAGAUGGCAGGAUGGAGAAGGGCUUUGAUGCAUCCACUCCCCCUCAGUCAUCCUCAAACGUGUCUGUGUCUGACACCACAGAGCCUCCGAUGAAGCUGAAAUGUGAGACAGACCCAUCAGUCUCCAGUGUGACAGGGCAGUCCAGCUAACUUCAUCUUAUAUCAAAGGUUCACCAUCAGUUCUGUCACACGUCUGUCAUAAGUGGUGUCAUAGUUUCACAAUAGAAUAGAGAAAAGAAGAAAAGUUUGGACUUUCACUAAUGCAAGCUGGAAGGAAUCUACACGGUCCCGUGAAUUUAUCAACUGGGCCAACUCAGUGAACCUAAACGUUAUAACAAACGGAGUAAGCAUGAGUUUUAAGGCGUGGAUCAAAGUUUCUGCUCUGUUUACUUUAGGUGGAAAGUGGCUGAGCAGGCAACCGAGCUUAAGCUGACAUUAGUUGCUAGACUUUCAUUGCUGCUAGAGCUACAGUCCCACCGAAGGUGGCUUGUUAACUUGUUUACAAUGAAAUCAAUCACAGAGGAAGUAGACAAUGACAAUUUUUUCUAUUUGUCUAUUUGUGCAUGUAUGUGCGACAUGCACUCACAUGUCGCCAUGUGAGUGCAGCCUACUGUGCAAUUUGUAAUGAGACACUGGAAUAUAAUAACAGCUUUUUCUAAUUUUUAAAAGGUCAAUUGGCAUUUGCACUCGAAAGUACAUGCCACCGAACUGGGAGUGUGUAUGCUGGUAUUUAAGUAAUUAAAAUAGUACAUAAACAAAAGGAGAGUACAAACAACAAUGCUGUGCUGCGACAGUGUCCACAAUGAAAACUAAUGUGAUGUGAUCCUGAUAUAAUAGAAUAUAAUACAAUAUAAUAUAAUACAAUAUAUAUCAUAUGAUAAACAUUCAGGUUACCAGAUGGAACAGAACAAAGCAAAGAAGCCACUAAAUUAUACAUGAUGUGGGAAUAAAUAAUCUCACAAAUCCUAAUUUAGAAGUGGUCCCAGCAGCUGGAGAUGCUCCUGUUUGGUAAGAAUAAGAAGAUGGAGUCGGGCAUGGGGAGAAAAUUCUGCCUGGGUUAAAAAAUCCUUGUUUCUGUUGGGACAUGCUGAUAUAAACACAAUUCCACAGAUCCAUCCUGUCAACACAACAAGCUGUUGGUGAUGAAUGAAACUUCCAGCACAAAGCAGAACUUCAUUACAUCAUGGGUACGGGAACGUACCUUCAUCCAGUGGCCAAUGCAGUCCCAGGUUUAAAGCUGCACUUAUUCAUAUAUUGUUAAACAAAAGGAUCAAAUGACUGUGUAAUGUGAAAGGUGUUGAUCAUAGUGACAAACUAACAGAUUAUCAUCUUACUCCAGUUCCUCUCACUUUUUAUCAUAUUUGAGCAGCCACAACUUUACUGUUGCCGGUUCAGUCACACUGCUCUCAUCGACCCUGUCUUCAACAGCAAGCAACUGGUGAAGCCACCAACAGCCAGAGAUGGAGUAUACUGUGCAGCAGCUAAAGAGCAGAAGAGCCAAACCAAAGCUCUAUAUCAGUGCUAUGGUUGCUUUGUUUCUGCUGCAUGUGCCAUUUUGGCAACUGUUCGCCAUUACAUUUUCAUGUGGUGAUAAUGUGUCAAUGUUGUGUUUACAACUUGUUCGGAUACCCGGAAGUGUCAAAAAGAAUGGACAAUAUUUUUUAAUAACACAAAUGUGCAACAGAAAAUCUAAAGGACCCGACCUCGAGGAAGCAAACCACUUCCAAUACUAUCCCUGUGCACCUCAAUCAGUGACUGUACACAGUUUUCUCAAACAUCAUCACCUACAUAAUCAUUUGCAUGUCGGUUCAAGCUAUAGUCCCAAUAUCUCAACACAUUUUAUUAACAGAUGUUGGUCCGUCUGAAGCUGCAGGUUUUUCAUGCUCAACUGAACACAAAUCACUUGACAAGAUGCUUUGCUGCAAUAUGACAAACCAUUUAUUUGAUCAACGUGCAGAGAGAGACUGUGCUGUUGGCAGUCAAGUAUGAAAUACAAGGAAUUUGAACGACCCACGCAGCAGAAAUUGUUUAGGUAGGCUAAUUUGUUCUGGAUAGUUAACCCUCAUAAUCAGUCCUGUAUGAUCAGUAGUUCUGUAGCAAGCAGUGAGAGCAGCUUUACACUUUAAGACACUAUUAGGAUGUAUGUAAACCAUUACACACAUUAGGCUGAGAUUUCUACAUUAGCGAGCCUGCAUUAUUGGAGGCUCAUGGUUGCUGUAUUUAUGUAUAGAUGAUAAGAUGAGGAAGAUAGUGCUUAACCAUUAGUCAAUUAUUUAAUGUUGACUAUUAUUAUUAUGUUUGUUGAUGUGAUUAUAGAUAGGCUCGUGAUAUUUUCUUUUAUUAUGUUCAGUAGAACAAAAUGUACCACCUUUUCGAAUUGGUUGCUGUAGUAAAUUGUGGAAACUGUUAUAAAAUAGGUUCAAAAACUUUUAUUAAGUUAAGCAUC